UAUUUGAAGGAUGUUGAUAUCCCUUACAAGCAUGAUUUCAAGAUUUCAAACUUCUCCAAACUGCAAGCUGCUUGGGAAUCUGAAAAAUUCAGUGCUGGAGACCAAGAUUGGAAUAUUUGUCUUUACCCGAAAGGAAACGGAAAAGGAGCCGGCCGUUAUGUGUCCAUCUUUCUGCAUUGUAUUGAACCCAAAAAUACUGUCAAGGCAUGCUUUACCAUAUGGGUCAAGAACCAGAUUUCUGAUGAACACGAUGAAGGAACUGCUACUAACUGGUUUUCGGCUUCCACCAGUACUUUGGGAUGGCCUUCGUUCGUUGAGAUUGCGACAAUUAACGAUCCUAAAAAAGGAUUCAUUGUGAACGACUCUUGUCUUUUAGAUAUUGAAAUCUCUGUCCUAGCUGUUUCACAAUGACAUACGUACCCUUUAUCUUUCACAAUGUUGAACUAAAUCUUAAUGGUUUCUUUGUUUAAGAGAAUGUUAUUCAUCACUAUGCCAACUAAUAAUAUUUAUUGUGCUUAUUUACAUGUAUGUCCCUAUUGCUUGUUGAAUUUCACCACGCACAAUGACACCGAAGCAGC